GCUUAAUAAAUUACGAGAAAGACCCAAAAGCUGCUGUGGACUCUCUUAAGCCAUUAUUAGAGGAUGCAGUAAGUGUUAUUCCAAGAGAAUUGCAUAGAACCACACCAGUCCGAGUUUGGGUAGUCUAAUUCACUUGUACAGCAUAGCAUGGGAUCAGCUUGUUGUGUUGCUAGAAAGAAUGAUCAUAUGACCAGUAAAAUCACAGGAGAAAUCUUGCAUAAGAAUGUUAUUUAUUCACCAAGAUGGAGCUUCAGAUGGGAAAGUUGGAUCACAUAGGUCUGUUUAGAUGUCAUGCAGUAGCAAGAGAGCUCUCUAAGAAGUAGAGUUAAACUUCACAUUCUUUUCUGUUUUUAUCUUUAGCUUCCAAAGAACUGGAUGCAUUUACAUUUCUUGCGUGCAAUUUGGACGACAAUGUCCAUGAGAAUAGGUAUUGCUGCAAAUGCAGCAGCAGUUCUGCACUUUCACAGCCUGCUUUGUUUUUUCCUCCACUAAGGCAAGUUGAAGGAUUUGAAGUUCAUUAUGAACAUUUGGAUAGCUAUGCAUGAUCCUACAGAAAGCAGGACUUCCGCUAAAUCCAGUCGCUGGCCGUACCUCCGCGAAAUCCAGCCGCUCGCCAGACCUAGAAAUAGCCCUUGCUCGGUCGCCUUCACUUCCUCGGUUGCCUACCCUUGUUUUGUCGCCGGACCAGCCGCUUGGCUUCGCUCGGAGUGGCUCUCGUGUUCUCGAAGCAUCAAUCAGAACACUAUACAUCUUCGCCGUUCUUACUUCAUACCGACACCGGAGUUUCCCUUCUCACUCGUCGUUCUCGCCUUUGUCGACGCUCAAGGAGAACGAAAGCGUGAGCCAUCACCGAUCGAUCUGCACGCUGUUCAUCUGCAUCGUCUUUUCAGAUGGGAUAACCGAAGGCGUGUAGCUGGUGAAACUGAGAACAUCUCAUAUGGGGUAUCUUUUGGAUUUAGUAGAGAUAUUAUCAUGGAGAUUAAAUGGGAGUUAUCCCUUGAAAGGGGGAGUUAUUCAAAUGGAAGAAGUUCGCUAAGAAAUUUUAAGUCUCCAAUUCACGAAGAACCUUCAGACAGUGUUAUUUAUAUCUCUCGCGCGACAGUUAGAUAAACAAAAGGAAAAUGAAAGAGACAUCCAACUCUUCGCCAUACUGGCGGCACCUGGACGACUUUGAGGCUGGGAACACCGCUUAUGUUCACGAGGAGGAUCACAAGGAAACGACGUGUAGUCCUUUCGACCGUUGACAGGCUCAAGAAAUGGCGGGUACGUAAUCUCUGUUUUAUUAAAAAGUACUGCAUCUUCUCUUAUAAUCUGAUAUGCAGAUUUACAUAAUUGGGAUAAUGCAGACUUACGAGUAUGAUAAACAGGACUUUAUUCUUUACAAGUUAUUAGGUCAAACAUAAGUCUAAUUACUAUUCAUUUUGAAAAGUUCUAUUUUGUAUUAAUAAAUUAAGCACCUAAUUGGUUA